AUGGCACCUCGGCGUCCCUUGCUAGAAAUUGCUUGUUUUAACCCGGAAUCCGCUCUCAUCGCUGCGAAAGGGGGAGCUGAUCGGAUUGAAUUAUGCCAGGAUUAUCAGUCUGGUGGUCUUUCUCCUCCGCCUCAAGUGCUUGCAGCGCUCAAGUCGCAACUAUCCAUUCCUGUAUAUGUGAUGAUUCGGCCACAUUCCAAAAGCUUUUGCUAUGAUGAUUCCGAAUUCAGAGAUAUGAAGAGCACUAUGAGCACUCUGAAUAACGCUGGAGCCGAUGGCUUCGUGUUUGGAAUUCUAAACCCGGAAUCACUAAAUGCUCCGCUCAAAGAGACAUCUUGGAUAGAUAUAGCAAGAAACAAGGAGCUUGUACAACUGGCAAAUGGAAGACCUUGCACCUUCCAUCGAGCGUUCGAUCUCAUCCCGGAAUCGCUGUGGGACCACGCCUUGGCUGAUAUCAUGGAGUGUGGAUUUAAAUAUAUCCUGACCAACGGAGGACCAUCAGGCUCCAAAGCCCUUGAAUGUGUUGAUAAGCUAGCGGAUCUUGUUCACAGACUUGCUACUUGUCCAGGAGAAACUCUACCGAGUAAGGGCGUGGUCCCCGAGAUCAUCGUCGGCGGCGGAGUGAGAUCGCAAAAUGCCGGUUUGCUUUGGACCGAUACAAGUGCUUCGUUUUUUCAUUCAGCCGCACUUUUACAGGAUGCUGAAAUUGUGUCCGAAGAGGAGGUGAAGAGUCUUAGAAGAACACUCGAUACUGCGUGGAAGGGUCAUGUCAAAAGUAGCAGCUAA